CUGCAGGGGCGCAACCAGCCGCGGCUUGUACGCUGCUUCAGCGGCGCCCCCUCCUCCUCCGGCGUGUUCCGCUACGGGCUGGCGGUGGUCCCCCUGGGCGCCAGCUACUCGGACCCCGCCAGCCGCCGCAGGGGGGGCACACCAGCCCGGGUGCUGCACGUGCAGCUGCAGCGCCCGGGUGGGGGGCCCGCACCUGCAGCCGCACCCGGGGAGGGAGAGGCGGGCGGCGGCAGGGGUGGGGGUGGCAGCAGUGGUGGCGACGGCAGUAGCGGCGACGGCAGUAGCGGCGAGGGCAGUGGAGGGGGUGGCCACCUCAAGUGCGAGCUGGCGUCCCCUCGGCAGUGGCUCCUGGCGCAGGAGUGCCGGGCGAACUGGAGGGACAGGAUGCAUGUGUGCGAGGUGGCAGAGGGCGAGCUGGAGCCGUCCUGGCGGCCCUACAGUGCCUGGGAGGCGGCCUUCAGGGCGGCCUCUCCCUCCCCUAGCCCCCCUGCCUCGCCCGACUCCUCCGGGGCUGCCUCCGCACCUGACGCCUCUCUGGCCACCCCGCCCGCGACACCGGCAGCUGCUGUGGCGGCGGCAGGCACACCGCCCGCAGUCGCUGCAGCUGGCGGCACACAGGUGCAGGUGGGGGUGGCUGGGGCCACGUCCGGAGCCGCGCAGCCGCAGGGGCCGCCAGCGCUGCACCAGGCAGGGACCA